GUUCUCUGUCCCUAUCUUGUUUCUCUUUCCUUUUCCAACAGUCCAUUUCUCUCCUCAAUUUCAAUGGAGUCCUUGUCAAAACCAUCAAAAACUAGAGUAAUCAAUUAACUAAUCAAAGAGAAAAAACAAAAAUUAAAGAAUGGGAAAGAUUACAGCUGCUCACACAUCAUGUUCAUACUGUCACAACAGUUUUUUCGUGCCCAAAGGAGGAUUCUUGUUCUCGCAGGCAAAGCAAAAGAGCAAGAAAUGGAAGUUACAGCCAUUAACUGGAAAAUCCCAGAUGAUAAAUGCUUCAACUUACUCUUCUAGAAUUAGCACUGAUAUUCCUCUCUAUGAAAUCCCUGGGGCUUCCUUUGAUCGAUAUCUGGAGAAUAAGCCUCGAGUGUUCAAGGCCAUUUUUCCUGACAAAAGAAGGAGCCAGCAACUCAAUGAGGAAGAGUGGAGAAUUCACAUGCUACCCAUAGAGUUCCUAUUUAUCACCGUGUGGCCAGUUAUCGAUAUGAGAUUGAGAUGUAAAUCCGAAGGAGUCGAGUACCCACCUGGGAUUCCCCAUGAUGUUUCUAAGGUUCUUGAACUUGACAUAAUAAGAUGGGAGCUUCAGGGGCUAGAUGAUGCGCUGAAGCCAUCUCAGUUCUCCCUUGGUGUAAAAGGGUCUCUUUACCCCGACAGGAAUGGACCACGGAGUAAGCUGAGAGGUCAACUACAGAUGAGCAUUAGCUUUGUUCUUCCACCAAUGCUAGCUUUGGUCCCGGAAGAUGUUCGCAGAGAUGUUGCUGAGACAGUACUAAGAGGACUAUUGCAGAACAUGAAGAAUAAAGUAAAUGGUAGCCUGCUUUCGGAUUAUGGUGAAUUCAAGAGAGAAAAGCAGAAGGAAUUAGUCUGAACAGUUUAACUAGAUAGAAAUAUUUCAGAUGCCACAGAUAUAGGUGGAUGUAAUUGACACUAGUAUUCACUGGGGUUGGUAUCCAAGCGUGAGGAACUUCUGUAAUUUUAUUCAUAGGGAUUGUAAAAAGAUACAAGACAAUUAUUCCCAAAAUUUUGAAAGUUAAUUCUUUUCUGAGA